GCUAAGAUUUUUAUACAUGCCCGUGGCAGCUAGGGCUUUGUUCAGCGACUCUAACCGUGCGCGGGCUCCGGGUUGGUCCGAGUUCAGCAAUGUACAGUGGGUCCAGCGACGGCGAAGGCCAUGAGGCCGCGCAGAGGAAGAUCCCUCCCGCCUCCUCCAUGCUCUGGGUCCGCAAUCUCCGCCGCUUCAUCGGAUCCGGCGCCGGACUCGGAUCCGAAGCCCUCAUGGAGCUUGAAACAAAAAGAAUCUUGCUUGAUAUUUUCAAAGAGAAGCAACAAAAAAGUGCUGAAGCUGGCACAAUCCCAAGUUUCUACAAGAAGAAACCUGAAGAAGGAUCUAUUAGUCAGAGGGUCCAGAGGCUGGCAAAAUAUCGUUUUUUAAAGAAGCAAUCAGAUCUUUUGCUAAAUGCGGAUGAUCUAGAUGCUAUGUGGGUUUGCUUAAGGGAAAAUUGUGUGAUUGAUGAUGCAACUGGUGCAGAAAAGAUGAACUAUGAAGACUUUUGCCACAUUGCCUCUGUAUGUACGGAGCAGAUAGGGCCUAAAUGUCGUCGCUUUUUCAGCCCUUCAAAUUUCAUGAAAUUUGAGAAAGAUGAACAAGGAAGAAUUGCCAUUCUGCCCUUUUACCUUUAUGUGAUGAGAACGGUUUCACUUACUCAAGCUAGAAUUGACAUGAGUGAACUUGACGAGGAUUCUGAUGGUUUUCUUCAGCCUCAUGAAAUGGAGGCCUAUAUACGAGGCCUUAUACCUAAUCUAGCACAAUUACGGGACAUGCCUUCAGGCUUUGUUAAUAUGUAUUGCCGCAUAGCUGCACAGAAGUUCUUCUUUUUUUGUGACCCUCAUAGACGAGGAAAAGCCUGCAUAAAGAAGGUGUUAUUGAGUAAUUGUCUCCAGGAACUAAUGGAACUGCACCAGGAAACUGAGGAAGAAGUCACUGACAAUGAGCAAGCUGAAAACUGGUUCUCUUUGACAUCCGCCCAGCGCAUAUGCGACAUGUUCAUUGCUCUUGAUAAAGAUUCGAGUGGAUCAUUGAGCAAGCAGGAACUUCGAGAAUAUGCAGAUGGGACAUUGACUGAAAUUAUCAUUGAAAGAGUGUUUGAUGAGCACGUUCGGCGUGGAAAAAGUGGCGGAAGUUCUAGGGAAAUGGACUUCGAUAGUUUUCUGGAUUUUGUCCUGGCCUUAGAGAACAAAGACACUCCAGAGGGGUUAACAUAUUUAUUUCGAUGUCUUGAUCUUCAGGGAAGGGGUUACCUUACAACAGCUGAUAUACACUCUCUUUUCAGGGAUGUACAUCAGAAAUGGAUUGAGGGCGGAAACUACGAAUUGUGUAUUGAGGAUGUAAGGGACGAAAUCUGGGACAUGGUUAAACCAGCUGAUCCACUGCGGAUUACCUUGGCUGAUUUACUAGCUUGCAAACAAGGCGGCACUGUUGCCAGCAUGCUCAUUGAUGUGCGCGGUUUCUGGGCGCAUGACAAUAGAGAAAAUCUGCUCCAAGAAGAAGAGGAACCAGAAGAAGAAUCGUAAAUACACUCCGAGGACUCAAAAGUUUGCCCCCGGGCUUUACUAACAAAUUUAGAGGUUUUUUCGUUCUUUUGUUUUGUUUAUUUAUUUAUUUUUUUCCUUUUUUUUUCGAGUUUUAUGUUAACGAAAUGAUUGCUUUGAAUUGUGUAAGUCAAUGUGGGAUGUAAAAUAACAAGUAUAGCAAAUUGUUGAUUGGAAUGCUCGGACUAAAUGUGAGAUCAUAGAUGCAAGUACAAUAUAAAUUUUGUUUGACUUUAAA